AUGGUGAGCCAGAGCAGGAGAAGGAUAAGGAAAAUGAAACACAGACAACAGAGGAUAAGAAAGAUGAGCCAAUUAAGCAGGAUGAAGCACCUCCUCAUUCCGGUCAAAGAGGAAGGUGGCCAAGUGUUUUUUGAAGAGGGUCUAAAAGAAUUUUAUGAUUCAACCACGACUGGAGAGAAGGUUGAAGCUAAGGAAUCAAAGGCUCCAGAGAUCACUCUGGAGGAUCUUGAUGCUGUUUCAGGACAGACAACAGAGUAAGUACAAAUUAACCUUUGAAAACUCAAGAUCUGAUUGUUAAUUCUCUCCUCCAGCUGCCACACAUUUCCCUUUAAAUUAGUUACAAGAAUUUGGUUAUAGAUCAAGAUACCAACUUCCAGCUGAUAGGUUUGAGGAUUCUCAUUACCUGUUUGCCAGACAACAUCUUGAUAUUACAAGGAGAAGUUACAUGUUAAUCACUUUUGUUAGCUAAAGUGUUGUAAAGAAAUGUUGUAUAAAGUUUCUGAAGUCGAGGUUUGCUGCUGAAAAGAAGACAAUCCUGAGUGUCAGCUGUUGGGGUUUGAAGAAAUUGGCAUUGGCUGGCUAUUACAGUUUUUUUAUGAAACCCUGAAAAAUACAAAAAUAGUAUUAUCUGUAAUGUUGUGUCCUAGGAAACUGACAUCUUUAGCAGGGGACAGAAUGAAGAUUAGACCUAAGUGUCACCACAGAUCAACAGCAAAUCCAGUGAAAAACCUACAGCAGAGAAAUGAUGUGCGAACAGAGACUGAGGUAAAGUACUGGCACAUGUAUCUGGUCUUGCUCACUUUUGAAUUCUCUGUGGUUCAGUGGUAGAACAACAGAGCACAAAAUUAAUAGUGGUCAAUUGUCCACUGUAUUAUCUAUCAUUUAUAAAAGUUUCAAAGAGUGAUCUUUUUAAGAGUGCUAUCAGUGAAUGUUGCUGAAGGCUUUUUAUAAUCUGUGUUUACCAAUCAACUUGAAGCUUCAACAUCCCCUCCCCCCUCUGGGGAAUCCAUGGGCAUUUUCUGUUGUCCAUGCCUGGGGGAAGGGAGGUGGGAAAUUUGAACCUUGCCUGGCUGGGGUGAGGAAUUUGAACCGAGAGUGUCAAGUUUUUUCAGCAGAAUAUUAGUGUUGUGUCUUGAAAUAUGACAUUGUUUAUGGUAAAUAGUUUACUUUUGGGAGCAGAUGGCUCAAUAGAAACGGUCUACAAGGUGUAGGUUGUAAAGUUUGGUCAAUAUGUAGAAAGUCACAGUGGCUAAAAUUGGCUGGGGCAUUUGAAGACAGCUUUUUCCCUGGCAAAGGUGGAGGGGGGGAGGGGGCAGAAUUUGGACAAACCAGUCCUCAAAAGUUCAAAUGCCCAGGUGGCUGGUGGAGAGGGGGGGGAAUUGAAGCUUUGAAUUGAUUGACACAUGAUAGAAGAUCAUUUGAUAAUAAUAAUAAUAAUAAUAAUAAUAAUAAUAAUUAUUAUUAUUAUUAUUAUAAUAAUUAUAAUAAUAAUAAUUAUAAUAAUAAUAAUUAUAAUAAUAAUAAUCACAAUUAUUGUAGCUCUUGGAUAGAAUCAGUUCUUUUGACUCUCAGGUUGAGCGACCGAGAAUAGAAAAGAAACAGGUCACAAGUGAGCAUCCUGUCAUCAAGAGAAAGAAGAAGAAAUACAAAGAUCCUGACAACCUGUGUAUGUCCUUUUUUCCUUCUAGCUGUCGAAGCACAUUGCAAAUUUUCACUUCUGUGUAGCAUUUUAGGAAACUUGUCUGCCUUUUAUCCUUGUGGAUAUUCAUAGCAUAUUAAUGUGGAGAGUCAAUUUGCAAAUUUUGUGGCAGUGAAAUGGCCUUAGGAGUUUGGGGAAAACAUACAUUAUGUCAUGCCAGGAUGGCAUGACCCAUUUUAAAUAUGGUAGAUAAAUUUGGAAGGCUUUGGUGGAUAUAAAUGCCAUCUUUGGUGUCAAAUAUUGUGAUAGUGCUCACUUGUCAUCCCAUUUCAUCUCAUCCCAUUUCAUCUCAUCCCAUUUCAUCUCAUCCCAUUUCAUCUCAUCCCAUUUCAUCUCAACCCAUUUCAUCUCAUCCCAUUUCAUCUCAUCCCAUUUCAUCUCAUCCCAUUUCAUCUCAUCCCAUUUCAUCUCAUCCCAUUUCAUCUCAUCCCAUUUCGUCUCAUCCCAUUUCAUCUCAUCCCAUUUCAUCUCAACCCAUUUCAUCUCAUCCCAUUUCAUCUCACCCCGUUUCAUUUUAUCUCAUUUUUUCUCUUCUAUUUAAAUCUUAUCUCAUCUUUUCUCGUUUUAUCUUUCUCUUCUUAUCCUAUCUCAUCCCAUUUCAUCCCAUUUUGUCUCGUCUCAUUUCUUCGCAUAGGUAUCCGGUUAGAUCGCGCCAUGGUUGGAUCGCUCCCAGUUAGAUCGCUUCAACCAAAAGUUAGAUCGUGCCACUCGAAAGUUAGAUCGCUCCAUCAAAUAAGUUACUUUGCUAACAACAUAAGGUACUUCGCAAUGUGAAGUAUUACUUUCCAAUGAUCUUUAAAGUUUUAUAGGUGAUGAUGUGUCUUGUGACGAUUCGAGUACAUCGUCCUCACUCUGUCCUUCAUAUUAGCCAUCGAGCUACCGAUGUAUGAUGUAUAGCGAUGAUGGAAUACAUGAUCGUGGAAUAGAUUAUAACUUUAUAGUCUGAAGUGUAUUGAAAAAGAUCAUUCUAAUACCAAUACUGUCCAGUGUGGUCUUUUUUGCUGUUUGAUGUAAGGAAACUGAUAUCUGCCAUCUUUAAUUAAUAAAUUAGAUUACACUUCGUGAGUCCCUUACAUGAGGCUUUAUUUGUUUUUUCUGCGUAGCUCGGAUUUUUUUCAAGCGCGCGCCAGCGAUUUUAAUCGAUUGUUAGGUAAGAUAUACACGUCAUUUAAUGAAUUAUCAAUUUAGAUACCUUAGUUUUGCUACCUUAACCUUAGUUUUCGACAUGGAGCGAAGUAAAUUAUGUAGGAGCGAAGCCACUUACUUGAUGGAGCGAUCUAACUUGCCAGUAGAGCGAUCUAACCAUGGUGCGAUCUAACCGUAAUUCAUCACAUCAUUUCACUACACAUAACUCUACUUUCACAUUACAUUAAAAAACCUUGCACCAACAGUACAUGUAUAUGAUGUUCUCUUGUCUACUUACAGGGAGGCGUCACACUCUCGACUUGGCGGCAUCAGCAUUAGCUGGUCUGGCCAGCACUGAAGAUUUCACUAAAGUCAGAUUGCGUAAAACUGCUGGGCCUGAAGAGAAGGAAAAGGAUGAGUACAGAGGAAUAAAACCCAUUAUGCUGAUCCACAUAAAAGGUAAAUAAAAAUCUUUUGAUUUGGAAAGUCGCAAGAGUUUUUAACCCUUUAAUCCCUAAGAGGGACAAGGUUCUAAUUUCUCCUUACAAUAUCACCCUGGAAUAAAAGGUUUAAGUCAUGAGAAUAAAGGAAUGAUCAGUAAGCAACGAAGCUCUUGAUGGUUUUACAAAUUCUCCCUGUUAGAACCUUGGAAAUGUGUAGAGAACAGUAUGGAGAAUAUGCAUGAUGAUGCCAGGGUGUAUAGGGCUAAUUGUAAGGGAAUAUAUAACAGGAGCUACAUACAUACAUGUGGGAGACAGAGUGGCCUGAUGGUCAGUGCACUGGACUCCGGGUCGAGAGGUCUGGGUUCAAGACCUGGCCAGGUUACUGUGUUGUGUUCUUUGGCAAGACACUUUUACUCUCCCCAUGUCUCUCUCCACCCAGGAAGGAGUUUAAAUGGGUACUGAAGAAUUUUCAGGGAAGCCUGAUGAAAUACUAGGGGGUAACGUUGUGAUAGACUGGUAUCCCAUCCAGGGGGGAGUAGUUACACUCCUUGUCGCUUGAUGCUUUAUGGAAACUAAGAAAGGCUCAGAAGACUUGAGUACAGACCUUAUCUUUACUUUUACAUACAUACAUUCAUGUUAAGCCCUUUGUGUUUUGUGUACAGGACGGCGUCAUCUUCAAGUACGUCUCGUUGAACCAAGUCUAAAGUCCUUAAAUUCUGGAGACUGUUUUGCUCUUGUGACAGAAAAGGAUCUGUUUACCUGGAUUGGAAAGGAAUCCAAUCCGUAUGAAAAAGCCAAGGUUUGUAAAUGCAUGUACUUCUGUAGGAAUCGCUACAUGCCGUUUUUUCUAUUUCUACCUUCACCCCUAUAUCUACCAUUGCUGAUACAACUAUUGUUACUGAUGAUACUGUCACCGAUAUUGCUGUUUCUGCUGCCUAGUUCUGCUAAUGCUGUUUCUCUUGCAGCUAAUACUGCUACUGAUGGUAAUUCUUCCUGUUUUUUUGUUCUUUUGCUUCUUCUGCUUCUUCGUUGCUUUGGUUUUCUGAUAUUACUUGUCUUAUUUUUUUCUACCGCGUCUGCUACCACUACCACUAUCACUUCUGUCUCUGCUUCUGCUUCUUCUGCUACUCCUGCUCAGUUUCUGCCACCACCCCUGAUACUGUAUUUGUAGAUCUCAUUUUGGAUUGUAAGUCUUAAAUAAUAAUUUUGACUUUUCCGUAGGUGACAGAAAUUGUCUCCAAGAUUAAAACAAAGAAUGAAUUGAACUGUAAGGCGCGAGACAUUGUCACCAUUGAAGAAGGAGACAUGGACUUCAACGCUGCCUUGGACAAAUUUGCAAACAUUCUGAGUGGAGAUCCUGGAAGUAAUCCUGUUAAAGGUUGGCUAACAUUUCUAUCACCUUUAACCCUUUACACUCGAUCAUCAGUAUGUAUUUUCUCCAUACUGUUCUCUAUGCAUUUUCUAAGGUUCUAACAAGGAGAUUUUGUUUAACAAUCUAGACCUUCUUUAGUUGGUGAUCAUUUUCUUAAUUCUUGUAACCUUACUGUGUGAUUUAGGGCUGAUAUUGUAAGGAGAAAUUAGACGCUAGUCACUCUAAGGGAUGACUGGAUUAAAACUUGCUUACAAGUACCUCCUGACUGAAACAAGAGAUCCUACAAAGUGCCAUUUGUAUGUUUAACCUUUUGACUCCUAAGAGUGACUAUCACAGGAUCACCCCUGGAUCACACGUCGACAUCACGAGAAUAAAGGAAAUGAUCACCAACUAAGGAGGCUCUUGAUUGUUAAACAAAUUCUCCCUGUCAGCAUUAUAGGAAAUGUAUAGAGAACUUUUAAAGGAAUAUGCAUACUGAUGUUUGAGUGAAGCAGAUUAAUUGCCAUGAUACCAAAUGUUUCGCGAAUGAUCACCAUAACUUGAAUUAAGAGUGGUGUCCAAAGCAAUCAAUGCAUUCUGUGGAAAAACAGUCCCCUCUGGUUGACACGAAGUCAUUUUCCCAGCUCUGUAAUUUUCUUUUGCCAAGGGUUUUUUUUUAAUAAUGCUGACAGAACCGAGUGGAGUUAUCGCAAUGAGAAGUUUCAACCUGUCAACCCCUCGGAGUGACUUGCUUCUUAUUUCUCCCCAACAGUUUCACCCUUGCAUCAAAUGUAAAGGAAAAUAUCAUAAAUUUAGGAAGAUUCUCAUCGUCAAACAAAUUUUCAUGGUCACUGUUAUAGGGAAUGGAAAGUGAAUCGUGUCGAGAAAAUCAAUACCAAUGAUAGGGGUAUAGGGUUUAUCUCAAGUGAAAUCUGUAAUUUACAAAAUGAAUUUUCUAUAUGCUGAAUCGAGUGCAGCGGUUCACAGUCAGCACUAUUAUAUUUUGUUUUGUCUACACUAAAAUUCAGUCACCACUUAUCCUCAUAUAGAUGCUCAAAAAAUGGCGAAAGACGAAGAAUACGAGAAGGGUGUAGUUAAGGGCAACAUGGUUUAUAAAAUUCAUUGGACAGAUCCUCCAACUCUGAUGCCAGUAGAGACUAUGUGUGGACGAAUUCCUCAGGUCUCCAUUUUUGACACUAAGGAGGUAAUUACAUUUUAUUAGUAAAGUUUUCCGCUUUUUGCUGGUGAUCAAUUAUUUGAUCAUCUGUGAAUCGUGUUCACGUUGGAAAUCUUGUUUCUGUGUUUUAAAACACUGAGUCGAGGGUGACAAUCUCUAACGCAGCGGUCAAGCAUCCGCGCAUGAGCGAACGUCGGAAUGACCAGUUGCCAGUAGUUGGCGUGCAUUGAGGCUGUCACAACCUAGAUGUUACAAAUAAUAGCACAAGCCAGUUAGUCACGGUGUUUUGAAAGCGUAUAACUUUUUAGGUAAAGCGCAAAGCAGAAUAGUAAAUCAACAGGAUAUCUGUACUUGAAAGAGCUUUGCGUUCGGAAAGUCAUUAGCUUUCCUUUUCCCUGCUUUGUUUCCUUCUACAGAUUUCAAUGAAAAUUUCAAUUUUAUUUCGUUUAUUUUGCAAGAAUGCGGUUGUUUCUUAUGUUAAAUUGUGAAAUUUUGCACACUAAAUCAGCGCGCGGCCGGCCAGUAUUGAUUCCUUCGACGUUUGGUCGGUUUUUCUGCAGAUUUAGCGUUUUGUUUUGAGUUUUAUCAAAACAGUUAUACGGUUUUUUAAUACUGCGCCAUACUCGAUUACGUGGUUGUGUACAACUCUUGUAAGGCAAUUUGGCGCGCCACCCACAUGAAGCCUAUACAACAUUCACCCAUUCACAGACAUUCGACCGCUGUGUUGCCUAAAUUGCAUUCGGCUACACUUUUUCUCUCAUAGUCCUAGUCAACACAUUUUGUUUUUAUUCAGGUUUUCAUAUUUGACUUUGGUUCAGAACUGUAUGUGUGGAAUGGACAGCAAUCGUUAUCAGGGCAAAGGAAGUCGGCCUUCGCUCUGGCAAAACAACUAUAUGAAGAGCCUUUUAAACCGUAUGGAAAAAAUUAUGAUCCAAUCUACCCGUAUGGCAAACCUGAAAAUUGCACCGAAGUAGACAAUAAAGUUUCAACUGGCAGACCACCGUGGACGUUAUUUGCAAGACUUCACGAAAAGGCUGAGACAAUCUUGUUUCGUGAGAAGUUCCUUGACUGGCCUGAUCCAACCAAGAUUAUUCGGAUGAAGGGACACCCUAGCACGCUUGAACUAGCACCAACGGUACAGUGAAUUUUGAUUACUGUUUAUCAUUAGGAAACGGAAGUUCACUUCUGUUCUGGUUGGUUUGGUUAUUGCUAACCCUUUAAACCUCAAGGGUGACUAGCAUCUAAUUUCUCCCCACAGUGUGCCUCCUGAAUUGCACAUUAAGGUCAUGAGAAUAAAGGAAAUGAUCACCAGGGAAGGAACCUUUUGAUUGGCAAACAAAUUCUCUUUGUUAGCACCUUAGGAAAUUUAUCAAGAACAGUGUGGAGAAUAUGCAUACUGAUGUUGGAUGUAAAGGGUUAAGGGAGGAAAAGGUCAAAGGGUCCUGUAGAGAGUUAAACUAAAGACGAUAGUAAAUUUUAGGCUUGGUAUUCAAAGCAGAUUGUUGUUUAAAAGUGAAUUGUUCGCGCAAAAAUUACUUUGUGUCCUCGUCUCGAGCGUUUAAAAACUCGACUCGUGCCUUGAGUUUUCGAGGAUCGAGAUCGAGUUUCGAGGAACAGUCAACUUACUUUUGAGCGGUACUUUAAAUUUCAGUUUGUAAAACAUGCACAACACGAAAGACACGGAACAGUGUUGACAGUUUGAGAGUGAGCUUUGUUGUGAACAGUAAUAUCAUGUUGGUUUUCUCCAUGACUUUUAGCCUCCUCCUGUGGAACUGAAGCCCUGUGACCCCAAGAGCAUGCUGAAAAGUCCACCGCCAUUGCCAAGCCAGAUGUUUGAAGGGACGAAUGUUGGGCGUGGCAAUGGGAUUCCUACUGUGUGGGUGGGUGACGUUUACAAGGAGGGAAACCUUGUGACAACCGCCGGUCUAACAGUGUGGCAUAUUAACGAGUACAGACACUUUGAGGUACAGCCAGCACAACAUGGACAUUUCCACUCAGGUAAACACAUCAAUGCUGAUAGUGUUAUUUAUUCUUGUAUGAUUCUUGUUUAGAAAGUGGUUGGCGCACGGGGUAGGAAGGACUGAGUUCGAGUCAUUGCCGAGUCUCUGUACCAUUGUCUGAGGCAAAACACGUCAAUAACUGAGUGCCUUUCUCCACGCUGGAGUUUAAACCUUCCGAGUGUCUGGCUUGUAAUUUCUCCUUAGAUUAUCACUUUUAAAUCAAAUGUAAAGUUCAUGAGAAUAACAGAAAUGAUCACAAAUUUAAGAAGCUCCUGAUUGUCAAACAAAUUCUUCUAGUGAGUACCACAGAAGAAGUAAAGAGAACAGUGGGGAGAAAAUGGAUGCUAAUUUAAGGAUGGAAAAGGUUAAAUGGGUUGCUUGUGAAAUGUUAGGAAAACUCGACAUAAUGCCCUGGGGGGGGGGUUCAAUGGAUUAGGUGAGAGCAGACCUCCAUUCAAUGUCUUUAAGACGUUACUUCAAUGUAGUAUUUUGAUGUUGCAGGGGAAGGCUACGUGAUCAGGUGGGCCUACUUUGUGCUCGCCGACAGAAUAGUCAAAGAUCGGAAGUCCCGUUGUCGUUCAACCGUUGCUGGGCGCGUCCGCUGCGCUUACUUUUUCUGGCAAGGAAAUGACUGUUCUGUGAAUGAGAAGGGUGCAGCUGCCAUCAUGGCUGUAGAACUUGAUGAAGAAAAAGGACCGCAGGUGAAAUUUGUAUUGAAAGCCUUAUCCUGACGUAGUUUGUGCGUGCCGUCCUGUCUCUGUUUGCCUUCUUGCUUGCCUAGUUCUCUCGUCUUUUCGUCUGUCAGUCAGUAUCUUCUUCUUUUGGCUGUUUUGUCUUUUUUUUUAAUUUCUUUUGAUUGGUUAGUUUUACCUCGAUGUUAUCUUUACAGGUAAGAGUGGUGCAAGGAAAGGAAACUCCAGUAUUUCUAAAUCUCUUCAAAGGGGGAAUGAUUAUCCAUACUGGCAGGUACACAGUUUGUGAACGUCUAAUUUUGAUCAGCCAGCAGUAUUUGAUUAUCAGUAAUAUUUGAUCUUGAGCCAAAAUAUGUUCGAGUGAUUGCCUUCUCGGUGGAAAAAAAAUCACUCUCGCAGCGUCUCUCUUCACAGAGGAGUACAGAUUGACAAGGAAACGCGAAAAUUAUCCGAGGUGGGAUGAUGAAGGGAGUAUCUUAGGAUGGAUUAGCUGCCUGUCUUAAAGGAGUAGCAAUAAUUUUACUCACUUUAUACUAUGGAAACCGGGAUAUGCUUCAGCGGUUUGGGCUAUAAAGCUCAUGCGCAGAAGUCGUCUUUGAAUAAUGAAUCUGUAUUUCAGAUAUUUCCUCAAAAAUGUCCUUCACUGGUCAAAUUUUCAGCAACCCGCUGUCCAUUACACUAACACAAUGCAUGAAUAUUGGACGUCAAUUUUAUCAUUGCGUUGCAAUCAAACAGCAGAAAUUCAUGUUGGAUGUUCUCAAUCACGCUACCACGAACACAGCAUUCGAGUGUGUUGAUUCACUGGUAAACUUUAUCAUCAGGAGUCGAGAUUAUUCACGUAUUCGUUGCAUGUUUACAUUAUAUAUGUCCCAUAUAUCAUUUAUCACGAUUUAAUUUGAAUUGAAUUGCAGUUAGGCUACUUGACUCGAGAACAGAAGCAUCUCUCAUUCUGUGUGAAUAAAAGAGCCGAUGAAAACUCGUGUUGAGACCAGCCUGCGAGCAAGCCUCAUUCUUAGCGCUGCAGGAUGCGCGUUUCUCCUCUGCGGAAAGAGCACAGACGAGUUGGGGAGAGGUUUGCGUGGCUCAAGGCGUUGUACUCUCGCGCAGGCGAGGAAGUGCUCGCGCUGAAGCCCCAAUAACGAGGGCCUGUUGAUAUUGGUUUCGGUGCGCGAAAACGCGAGUGAUCAAGUCGCGAUUGGUUUUUUAAUUUUUGCAUCCAAUCGGCUGAGAAAGUGGGUCGAGUUUUUUCGACCAAUCAGAGAGCGAAGUAUAGCAAACUGACAAGACAAUUUCGGAUUGCCUUCAAAUGCUCACUUAUAAAUUGCUGUAUCACGCUAGAACAAAUCAUUUUUUAAGCAGGCAGCCAUACUAAACUUGCAAUGGGAGAUGCUUUUUUCUCAGGCCAAAUAAAUGUUUAUCAAUGAUCGUGAUAAUGAACAGUUUAAAGGAACGAUGUGUCUAACAUUUUUUAGAUAAUCUACCGAUCCCAAAAAACACACAGAGAAGAAUGGUCUAAACUCUGAAAAUGAAGAUGGUAGAAAAGCUGAGCUACUUUUUGACAAAUACUAUUGUUUAUGUGAAAUUUCACUUCACUAAUUCUUUUAUUAACAGCUUACCCAAGGGCUGGUAUGACACAGAGACGUAAGUUUAGUUCUGAUUUUCUAACAAUAAUAUCCGCGUAAGGAAUUAUUUUAAACAAUAUCUUGGCAGGAAAACUUCCCCUACCUGAACCAACUUUAAUUUCUUGGUUAGAGCAGUUUUUAAUUGGGUGUAGUGAAACCAGAACCAAAAUAAUCAAAGUGAGCAAUUGGAACAAAGGUUUACAUUAUCAUUAACCAAUGAGAGCUCUAAGUGAAAACUUGCCAACUGCUUGAAGCGCGGGAAAACGCGAAUGGCCGGGUCGCGGUUGUUUUUUAGUUUGCAUCUGAUUGGUUGAGAGGAUGGUGCAAAUCAAGUCAAGGAUGGCGCAAGCAAAGUUGAGCGAAACGAAAGCAAUCACGGGUUACUUUUGACACCCAGUAGAAAAUUGCUCUGCUUUAAAUCAAACUUUUUUUUGACGAGGGCGUUACUGACUGGCUUAAAACUCUAACUUGCCUUGAAAAGAAAGAACCAAGUCCUGAAUUAACAGUUAAAUCACGUAACAGUAAAAAUGUAGUGUAAUUUGGCGGGCGAGUGCUCAUUAUUUUCUCGGCGAAAAUUGUGACCGCCAUCUUUGAUUUUAAUGGAAGCGGAUGGCUGACGGAGAGAAAGAAAUUUUUCCUAAGGGGUGAGCGACAGUAAAAAAACAAGGAGAGGGGUGGGGGUGGGAGAGUUUUUUCGCUUUUCCCCGCUCAUCCCCCCGCCGUGGACUAUAACUCCAAAUCAAACAUGGCUGGUUGAAUAAACGAUGGUUCGCUUCUUAGCGUUAAUUCACCCUAUUAAGACGCCUGCACUGCAAGCUCAUGAAAAUUUUAAUGUUAAAGACCAAACCCAUAAACUUCCUGAUGAAACCACAAUAAUCGAAAAUAAUUAUUUCAACAAGUAUGCUUUGGAGCACAAAACAUCACGGUAACCUAUGAGAAGCAUAAUUGAAACGAAGUUUAAAGAAAAUAAUUUUCAUUUUUCCUGAAGUUAGUAUUAAAAUAAUUCAAAUUGUAAAUGGAAUUAACGUCUGAAUACUCAUUUGUCAAAUUUCAUAAUUACAUGAUUUCCUGUUCAUGAUUCCGCCUCACUGCCACUGCCACUGUCACCCGCACAGUAUAUGUCAUUUUGUUUAGCAUUUCAUGUCUUCUCAGUGGACACUGUGUGGUCACUUACAUGAUGUUAUUGGGGCCCUUAAGCACCACGACGACGACGCCGACGCCGACGAAUGAUAGGCCUGUUGGUUGUCACACAACGCCCCUCUCCUCUGAGAGGGGGCGUUGCAUGACACCCUAAAGAACAACUGCGAAGGAGAUUAGUGAUGGAUUCAACGUGUUUUCAGUUUAAAACGCCGCGCGACCUCAUCAUCAGCAUAACAUGCGAUGGUAGCCCUUGGUUUCAAAAAAUUUUGGAUAAUUUGCCGUCGCGGAUCCCGCCUCUAAACUUCGCUAAUGUGAUAAUUUUACGCUGUUGUUUAGCAGAGGACGGCAAGCAAAUGUACGAACUUUAAAACUUUCGUGCUGCGCCAUGUAAGUGUUCCAAUGUUGUUUGGCCUCAUUCUUGUUGCCGUCGCCAUCGUGGUUUGCUUAAUGUCCCAACUGUAUAAGAUAGACUCCUUUGGUAGGACGACAGACUGAACUUAUAGGAUGCGCAAGUAACGCACAUACAGACCAUCGUUCCGUACACUCAGUUAUUGGGUCGUCACCUACCGCACAUAGACGCCUUACGUAGACAAACAAGGGGUAGGGGUGGGGUGGCUGACACUUGGAGGGGUGAAGGUGUUUCAAAGUAGACACCACCCUUAGUCAGGAGUAUAUCACGAGUGUGGUGGUUGGGCUCGUCUCUCUUGGUCCUUAGCUUAUCUCUUGCGGGAUGGCCGGUCGUUUGUGCUUAUGUCAGAGGUGUUGAAGAGCAAGCACAAAGAACAUUAACUGGUUCUCAUAACUUAAUACUUUCACUUGCUCAAUAGGAAAAACAUGGUAGACGAGAACACAGCGAAAUUCACAGGUAGGCUUAACUCAUUAACUUUGAGAGGAGAUUUACUCGUUACUUCCUCUCCUCUCAGUGAACAGGUUAUGAGAAUAACCUUCGUCAUGUUAUCUUGAUGUAAAACUAAAUUUUCAAUAAUAACAAUAAUACUAUAACUCGCUUUCAUUUGCUUUCGUUUUCUGCCAGAUUCCUCUGAGACUCGUUUGUAUGUGAUUCGUAAUGAAGAACCUGGAGAGGCCUACCUGAAUCAAGUCAAAGCAAGGUAAAGGCUUACUGUGUGGUGAUCAUUUCACUGUUGUGUCACAUUAGGCACAGUUUUAAUCUCCUCUCGCGAUACGCUUGUCACGCGGAAAGUUUGUCUUUUCACGCGUCUUGAAAUACUCUCUCUUGAUAUUUUGGAAUGUUUUCUCACAUAAAAUACAGCUUGUCCCACCAAACACGCAUAUCGCGCAACACGUUCUUCACGAAACGCGCUCGUUUUAGAUACUCCCAGGUGAUCAUUUGAUUAUUAUAUCGCAUGAACUACAGUUCUAGUCUCCUCACGCACCGCGCUUAUCGCUCAAAACGGUCGUCACACAACACGUUGGUCACGUAACACGCUGGCUUGAAUACCUCAGAUGAGGGCUCUAAAGGAGACAAAGAGGCAACUUUUAUUUUUUUCAUCUCAUAGUUCAUAUUCGCUGCGAUCAAGGACCAGUUUAGUUCUGGUGUCACGGCGUGAAGCUCACAUCUACUUGUGGCAUGGAUGUAAAUCCAGUGAAGAUUCCCGCGCCACAGCCAAAGCAGCUGCCAAGAAAGUCCAGGAAAGGUAAGGCAGAAGUAAACAGAUGCAAAACAGUUAUGGCACAGGGAGUGUUGUGGGAGAUUGGGCAUUGGGUUUGCUUUACCAAGUUAAGGCAAUUUUCAGUUGAGUUUCAAAAGUAUUGUGGUGUUUUUCCUUCUGCGUUCUUUAAGUUUAAGUUCUUUUCUUGUUUGAGAAAACUCUCUCUAUCCUUCAACCCCAAGAGAGGCAGAAAUAAUCCUACUUGCGACUUGGGUACUCUCGUUUUUCCUGGCUUCAUGCAGUUGACGCGUUUUUGCUCGAGUUCCUAUGGGCUCGUUUUGAUAUUUUCGUUCGUUAUCAUUGGCUGUUGUCACUACUGCGGUUUUGGUUACCGUACAGUCGAAUUUACACUACCACGCUCUUUGAUUGGUCCGGCGAAUCCGCGCCGCCCUCUCAACCAAUCAGAUGCAGACUUAAAAGCCAUCGUGUCCGACUCACUCGCUUUUCCCGCCAUUGAGUUGUACUCGAUAUGUGUUUUGCAUUGCAGGAAGAGUGUUGAUUGCAAUAUGGCUGGGAUUACAGCCUUUUCUCUCAGUGAAAUCGAGGAAGGAAGCGAAACAGAAGAGUUUUGGAAAGUGAUUGGAGGAAAGAAGUACUACUGCAGUUUGGCGCAUGGUAUGUAAUUGACCUUGUUCACUCUUCGUGCUAGUUGGCGCAGAUCGGGUAAAUGAUACAUCAGCCCAUAUGAACGUGGAGUAGACAUCUUUAGAAAGUGCUUCUCAGGAGCUUUCAUGGACUAGAAGCAUACAAGGGUUUCCAUCCGUAGCUUCCGCCUUAAGUUGGAGGAUUUCAUCCACAGACCUCAGCUAGAACAAACUUGUAAAGCAACGUCAUCACACCACGUGAAUACUGCUGAAAGGGUUUAUUUUUUUUACUGUGGGACUGUUCUAGUUUUGUAGAGCCUUACGUUUGACGAACAGGAAUAGAGUAAGGAAAGUUUUGGCUCAUCCUAGUCUUUUUAGGCUGCCAUUUUGGGGUGUUUUGCGGAGGGUGGCGUUGUGUGACGUCUGAAAAAAAUGAAUUAGGAUGGGUUUCCUCUUGAUUCUUGCUCGACUACGGCGUAUUGUUAUGAGGAUUUGUUUACGUGUUUAUUUAUGAAAGAUUUUUUUUUUGUCGUAGAUCCAUCCAAACACAACUACCAACCUCGACUUUUUGAACUAAGCAGUGCCACUGGAAAAUUCACGGCGAGUGAAGUUUUGUGUCCCUCACGAUCGGAACCAAAACUGUGCCCGUUUCCAUUCCUACAAGAAGACCUUUAUACGGCCAAACAACCAGGUGCGGAAGCUAAGCAUAGUUGUUACAAAACUGCACAGGGUAAUCGCAAUGUAAGGAGAUUUGCGCGAGGAAUAAGGAAUGAGAGAGAGGGAGAGAGAGAGAGAGAGAGAGAGAGAGAGAGAGGCAGAGGGAGACGAGACGCCUUUUCCAUUAACACUCCCUUCCCGGCCUUUUCCUCCCGCACCCUGCUACCCUGCUACCCCUCCCUGCUAUCCCUCUCCCCCUUCCCCCUCCCCCCCCAGAAGACAAGUUUUUCUAAGACACAGAUUUUUGAUUAUUAAUUCGAGGAUUAUUUGCAGGGUUGUUUAUCGUAGACGGUUACUAUGAAGUCUACGUGUGGGAGGGUUGGAUGCCUGAGGAUGACGAUGAUGUGCGAACAGGCUCCGGAAGACAGCGCUGGGACAGAGACAGGAAACUCGCUAUGGAAACGGCGCUGAGUUAUGCUAAAGGUGUGCGAUUUGUUUUUGUCCCUCUCUCGCUGCAAGUGAUAUUUUUGUCUUUAGGUGUAUCGUUGUGUUUCUCAAGUCUAUUAGUUGCCAAGUUAAUUUCCAGUCAUAAUGAAAUAAGAGAUAUUAACUUUUCUAUCUAUCAUUAAUUCCUUUCAAUGAUUUAUGGUAUUAAUUUUUAUUUAUUUAUUUAUUUAUUUAUUUCGUAUCCCUCAGAGGCUGGAAAGCGCGUCUCUCACCGUGUGUACGUGGUGUAUGCCGGCAUGGAACCGAUGACGUUUAAGGUUCUUUUUCCUUACUGGAAUGAUACACCAGAUGUCAUCAAAAUACAGAAACUGGUAUGUACUAUGUCGAAGCAUGCAAACAAGCAAGUUUUCCUUGGCAAGUUGCACUCCUUUUAGUAGAAUUAAAAAGCCGCCCUAUGCUUCUUUUAUUGUAAUCAGUCAUUCUUGUUGUCUCUUUUCUAGGACGGAAAGCAACCUAAUACAAAACACUCUGCCAGCGACUUACUACAACAGUUUACAAAGUAAGUGACUAUAGAAUCAUGUUUCCUGUCACACAGAGCUGUGUUCUUCUCCUUCAGCAGUUUCCAUCAGUGCUUCUGGUAUGAGAUUUUCCAGACUGUGACAGAGGGCGCACGCUUAAACAUUGCAAUUAUGCAGAGUUUGCUUUAGUAAACUCUGUGAUUGGUCCAGACUAACACACCAUUCUCUUAACCAAUCAGAUACAUACUAAAUCGUUGUCGACGUGGUUGCCUGCAUUUUCCCGCGUUUUAGACAUUGUGCUUGUUUUAAAUUUGGAUGCCCAUUGGCUCCACGUGUUUAUUUUCUUUUAUAUGAUUGGCUGAUCUUGUUAUUGUGUGUAUGGUCUCUAUCUUAACUACUCCUGAAUUGCUUUCAAAGGGAUUUUUACACACUGGCUGAACUUCAGAAGAUACCACCACCCCAAGGAGUCGAUCCAGCGAAACUUGAAGUUUACUUAAGCGAUAAUGACUUUAAGGUGAGUUCAGAAUGAAUUUAAUGAGAAAGUGCUCUAACUUACGUUUGUAAGCGAACGUCAACAUGUCACUGUGUGUCGUGGUGUUCUAUAUUGAUAUGGCCACAACAAUUCAGCAUUUUCCUUUUCUUUUUCUAGGAGAUUUUUAAGAUGGAGAAAGAGGCAUUCAGUAAGCUCCCAGGCUGGAAACAAAUCAAUCUAAAGAAAGCUGUUGGUCUGUUCUAG